UAUUUCGAGUGUUCCUCUCUAUGUCUACGCUCGCCGAUUGUGCGUAGGACGUAGGUUAGUAAAGAGUAGUAAAGAGCAUUUCCGAUUAACAGGACAUAUUUCAGUGGGCUUGGCUCUGUUGUCGGCCAGGAACCUCGUAAUUUGAGUGAACCGUGCAUACGAAACGGUUUUAUUUUGCCCGGCUUCGCCUAAAGUAAACCAAAAGCAAGCAAAAUGACGUUCGUUUCACCGAUGCCGAGUCGUGAAUUCCUCUGGGAUGUCUUCCAAAGAGUUGAUAAAGACCAUUCUGGAUCAAUAACAGCCGAAGAACUUCAAGUAGCCCUUUCCAAUGGUACCUGGACUCCGUUUAAUCCUGAAACAGUUCGUUUGAUGAUAGGUAUGUUUGAUAUUGACAAAAUCGAUCCUGCUUCUCCAGGUAUGUUUGAUAAAAACCAAACUGGAACGGUCAGCUUUGAAGAAUUCGGAGCUUUGUGGAAAUACGUUACUGACUGGCAGAGUUGCUUUCGAUCAUUUGAUCGUGACAAUAGCGGAAAUAUUGAUCGUGAUGAGCUCAAAACUGCACUAACCAAUUUUGGAUAUCGUUUGUCAGACCAUAUAAUCAAUACGCUUAUACGGAAGUAUGACCGUGGCGGCAGAGGGACUAUAUAUUUUGACGAUUUUAUCCAAUGUUGCAUCGUUCUAUACACAUUGACAUCGGCCUUUAGACAGUUUGAUACUGAUCAAGAUGGAGUGAUAACAAUCCACUACGAGCAAUUCCUUGGGAUGGUAUUUAAUCUUAAAGUUUAAAGGAGAACGUAUACAGAGUAUAUGAUCUAAGUAUUUUAUGGCACAUUCUCAUAAUUAUUAUAAUAUUAUUUUUAUUAUUGUUAUAUUCAGAAAAAUAUAAAACUAUUAUUAAUAUCGUUAUUGAUGUAUUUACAUCCAGUGUAUCUGAUCUGCUAUUUGUGACUGGACAUGUUCCAAUU